CAACAAACAACAUUUGGAUCGUAUCAUUGUGUCAUCGUAAGACAUGGUGAUCGUGCACCACUAAUGCCAUUCACAUUUGAUCGUGAUAAAAUGAAUGAAUUAUGGCCACUAGGUUAUGGUUAUCUAACAUUGGAAGGUCGUACACGAAUGUAUCGUACCGGACAAUUUUUACGACGACGUUAUUCACAUCAAUUUUCUGGUCGUUAUAUUUCACCACGUGAUAUUUAUAUACGUAGUUCGGCGGUUCCACGAUGUUUAGAAAGUUCACAAUUGAUUGCAGCCGGUUUAACACCACCAAUCGGUAAUUGGAAAUGGAAAUCUGAUCUUGGUGAAUUAUGGCAACCAGUGCCCAUAUUUACAAUACAAAGAUGGCGUGAAGGUCUUCUAAAUCCAUCUUCAACCUGUAUAUAUGCUUCACGAUUAUUUGAUCGAAUUCCGAAUUCAUCGAUUGUCAAGAAUUUUAUGCUUUUACAUCAAGAAUUGAUUCAAAAUAUUUCCUGUAUUGUACACGAAAAUCUUCAUAAUCAUCGUGAUAUAAGAGAUUUUGUUGACAAUCUUGUAUCAUCUAAACAUCAUGGCCAUCGUCUUCCAAAAUGGUGUACGGCUAAUAUUUAUAAACAAUUGAAAGAAAUUUUUGAUAUUUCAUUUCGUUUUGAUUUUACUGGUAAUAUUGAACCAGAAUUACGACGUUUACGAACAGGCGUACUAAUGAAUGAAAUAUUCAAUGGAUUAGAUAUGGAAACGAAUCCGAAUGCAAGUCGUCUGUCUAUUUAUGUGACGCAUGAUUCACAAUUAUUUCAUUUACAAGAUGCACUUGGAUUUAAUAUAAAUCAAUUAUCAUUGAAAUUUGGUUCAAUGUUAAUAUUUGAAUAUAGUAAACAAGAAGAUUCUGUUCAUUUAUAUUUUUCCAAUGUUCCCGGUCCAUUUGAUCGUAUUACAGUGGAUGAAUUAAAAAUUCCUUUAUGUGAACAAAAUCUAACAAGAAUACCAUUAGGAUAUUUGCAAUCGAAAUAUAAAAAUUUAUUUCUUGAUCUUGAUGAAUGGGAUCAUCAAUGUGGUAAUCGUAAUCUGGUACGGCAGCAACAAGAUUCCUAAUAACAAUCAACUGAUAUAGAUGGCGUUACGUGUUUCAAUAAAAAUUUGAUUUUUUA